AUGGCGGAAAAAGAAUCCAAGGUCGAUGAUUACAACGUUGUUGAGGAGGCGGCAGACAGCCCCGUCUCUCUCAGUAACCCUGAUAUCGGAGAAGGACGUGACGGACCAUGGAUCAGAUUUCUCACGUGGUUGAAAUGGUAUCCCAAGAAUAUGCCACACUUAGAGAAGAAAUUGAUCUUGAAACUGGAUUUGUUGAUUCUAGUGUUUGGUUGUCUGUCAUUCUUCACCAAGUACUUGGAUCAGCAAGCUAUUACCAAUGCAUACGUCUCAGGAAUGAAAGAAGAUUUGCAUCUACAAGGAAACCAGAUCAACUACAUCACCGCCGUCUUCUGGGCAUCAUACUGCACUUCCAUGAUCCCGGCUUGUUAUCUACUGACUCGGACCCGAAUCAACAUCGCUCUUCCAACACUUGAAGUUGGCUGGGGCCUGUUUACAUUUGGAUGUGCCUGGGCGCAAAACUUGAAAACAAUAUAUGCAAUGCGCUUCUUCGUGGGCAUUUGUGAAUCGUGCUCCUUUACCGGUGUCAUCUAUGUGAUUGGUUCAUGGUACAAGCCUACCGAGAUCACGCGACGAGUCGCCUUUUUCUUUAUCGCGUCGCCUCUUGGGACUAUGUUUGCGGGUUAUUUACAGGCUGCUGUAUACACCAAUUUGGACAACAGUCAUGGAUUGGAAGGGUGGAGGUGGCUAUUCAUUGUUUGCACAGUCAUUACACUGCCAAUUUGCAUCUUAGGCUUCAUCGCAUUCCCAGACGUCCCUCACCGCAAAAAGCCACGCUUCCUUUCCGAAGCCGAAUUCACACUUGCCAGUACUCGUCUUAAGGGUCUAGUGGCCCCUAGUGAGUUAAAAGUAUCGCGUUCCCUCAUCAAGCGAGUACUUGGACGCUGGCAUUGGUACGUCUUUGUAAUGCACUGGAUACUUAUGGACCAAAACUUCGCGCCCUCGGGGACUCCGUUCAGUCUCUACCUCAAAUCAAAGUCCAACAUCUACUCGGUCACUCGCAUAAAUACUUUACCGACGAUUGCCACUGCAAUUUCUGUCGUAGCUGCAAUUACGGCCGGCAUUGUAGCUGAUCGAAAGCGAAACUGGUGGCUACCUUCUGUCGUGGUCACUAUCCCGGUUUUGAUUGGUGUGAUUUUGCUUGUUGUAUAUGAUGUUGGGGAGUCUGGUCGACUAGCUGGAUUUAUUAUUACUGGAUUUGAAGGAGGCAAGUCAUCUUUCGAUUAUUGGCUUGGUACGUUGACUGACAAACAUGUAGCAAUAAGCCCACUUACAAUGAGCUGGGUAACGGUCAUCUGUCACAACGAUGCCGAAGAACGAGCCAUUGUAACCGCCUCAAUGAACGCGAUAGGUCAAGCCAUGGCCGCGUGGACUCAGAUUCUGCAAUAUCCAGCUACACACGCCCCUCGGUUUCGAGCUGGGUUCAUAUCGAACCUGAUCACCACGGUUGUGCAAUUCAUAAGCAUUGGCUUGAUUGCGUACCUUCAAAAAAGGGACUCACGCAAGAGCGGCCGAGCCAGUGGGAUUGCUUAA